CCUGGGAGGUGCGGGGAGGGGGCACCGGGCGCCAUUGUUGCGCCGCCCCGGUGCCGGCGCCCUGCGCGCACGAUGGCUUCCCCCGAAUGGCGUGGGCUGCGGCCUGGCCGCGGGGAACCGGCGAAGGCGUAGACGAGGCCCGGACGCUGUCCGCAGCUGCUGCCGGCCGCUCGGCCGGGCGCUGGGAGGCAGCCCGUUGCUAGGCAGCCGCGUCGGGCCGGCGGGGAGGGGCGGGGCCUGCGGCGCCGCGGGCAUGGACCAGUACAGCAUCCUGGGCCGCAUCGGGGAGGGCGCGCACGGUAUCGUCUUUAAGGCCAAGCACGUGGAGACUGGAGAGAUCGUGGCGCUCAAGAAGGUGGCUCUGCGGCGGCUGGAGGAUGGCAUCCCCAACCAGGCCCUGCGGGAGAUCAAGGCCCUGCAGGAGAUCGAGGACAAUCAGCACGUGGUGCAGCUGAAGGCGGUGUUCCCACACGGUGCAGGCUUUGUACUGGCCUUCGAGUUUAUGCUGUCAGAUCUCGCUGAGGUGGUGCGCCACGCCCAGAGGCCACUGGUCCAGGCACAGGUCAAGAGCUACCUGCAGAUGCUGCUCAAGGGUGUCGCAUUCUGCCAUGCCAACAACAUCGUGCAUCGGGACCUGAAACCGGCCAACCUGCUCAUCAGUGCCUCAGGCCAGCUCAAGAUAGCGGACUUUGGCCUGGCCCGGGUCUUUUCCCCAGAUGGCAGCCGCCUCUACACACACCAGGUGGCCACCAGGUGGUACCGAGCCCCUGAGCUCCUGUAUGGCGCCCGCCAAUAUGACCAGGGCGUGGACCUGUGGGCUGUGGGCUGCAUCCUGGGGGAAUUGCUGAACGGAUCCCCUCUCUUUCCUGGGGAGAACGAUAUUGAACAGCUUUGCUGUGUGCUUCGAAUCUUGGGCACCCCCAGUCCUCAAGUCUGGCCGGAGAUCACGGAGCUGCCCGACUACAACAAGAUUUCCUUCAAGGAGCAGGCGCCCGUGCCCCUGGAGGAGGUGCUGCCUGACGCGUCUCCUCAAGCCUUGGACCUGCUGGGGCAGUUCCUUCUCUACCCUCCACGCCAGCGCAUCUCAGCCUCCCAGGUCUGGAAUGAAGUUUCAAGGACCAAGGAGCUGUGGAGGCAGCUGUGUCUGAGACGCUGGUCAUCAUGUAAAGCCUCCCAGAUGACCUUGGGCACACAAACAUGGAAACAGUACUAUCUCUGCCGAUCUGAGCUGGAGUUCCGAAUGGAAUCUGGGCGGCCAGAGAAGGACUUCAUCUGCAAAGCCAUUGCUGGGCACAAUGGAGGCAUAGACGAGCUGGCCUACAUAUCAACCAACGAGUGCCGGUUUGAUGGGCAGGAGAAGUCGGUGGUGUGCACCGUGUCCUCGGACGGCACAGUGCGUGCCUGGGAUGUGCAGGAGGGCACAGAGAUCUGGUCAAGCCCCCUGCAGCCUGCUGCUCUGGUGAAUUUGGUGACCUACCCUCGGCUGCAGCUGGUCGUCACUGUGGACAAGCUGGGCCUGAUCAAGGCGUGGAAAGCGGAGAACGGGAGGGAGCGGGCCUCCUUCCCCCUGCCUACUUACUCCUCUGCGUUGCAGGCCUGUGACCAUCCAGAGGGCCCCUUCCUGCUGGUGGCCUCUGCCGAGGGCGUCCUGUACGCGCUGACCGUGCCCCAGCUGCAGCUGCUCUCCAGGACCAGUGUGUUUCCGAGCAGCCCCACCAGUCUCCUCUGCUCUCCUGACUGCCAGUGGGUGUUGGCUUCGACCCAGGACUCAGACUUGGGCCCAAAGGUGUUCUACACUCGCUCCCUACUCUGUCUGGUAGAGGAUGAACCUCCUGUCUCCACCACUCUCCCCAUCUGGCUGACUUCUAGAGCCUGCUGGGCCCCUGAUGAGGCAGCCAGGCUGAUGGUGAUGCACAGAAACAAUGAUAGCGGGCAGCUGGCCAUCACCACCUACGAGCUGGGGGCCAAGCAGUCCCAGGAAGGAGUGGACGUUGUGGUACAACAGAUUGCAAGUUUCCUUCUGCCAGACACCAUGACACCUCCUCACCUCAUGAAGGGCCACGGCUCUCAGGUGAUCCUGCUGGUGUCGGGGUCGGAGCUAGUGCUCUUCACCAUCCAGGGCCUGCAGCUGGCAGCCUUCCAGGACCACCAGAGGCCUGUCACAUCCCUGUGGGUGGACCAGAGCCGAGUCCUCACUGCUUCCUUCGACCUCUCCCUGCGGGUCUACGUGUGGAACAAGGAAAAUAAGUUUCCUGUCCUCAAGAGCUGCUAUCACCUGCUCGGGGGCUCCCACAGAUGGGCCAGUGGAUUCACGCAUGUGGAAAGUGACAGUAUGAGCAUUGUAGGUGUGGAAGCCAGAAGCAUCGGGACGAGUAUUCUGAGGUCGUAUUGCUUCAACAUGCAGCGUGGCUCAGAUGAUUGUGUCGAUUGAAGAUAAUCUCAUUUUGGUGAAAAGCUUGUCUACAUACAAACUAAAUGAUUUUUUUUUUUUUAUCAACACUGGAAAAGGAAUGAGCAAUUCUCAAAUGCCUCUUACGGGCCAGGCACUGUGCAAUGUGACUUUUUUUUUUUUUUUAAGAUUUUAUUAACUUAUUUGACAGAGAGAGACACAGCGAGAGAGGAACACAAGCAGGGGGAGUGGGAGAGGGAGAAGCAGGCCUCCC